UUCCCACCUGCAACUUCUUCCGGUGUAGAGAGAGAAUCUAGUGAGAGAAACCUCUAUAAACCUCUUCAUCUUUAACUCUUCUCUCUCUAGUUCACACACCUCUAUCAAAACUGCCUGUUUCUUACCAGUGAUAAUGCAAUCAGAAUCAGUAAAAGUGUCUCCAAUCGAAUUGGUAUCAGCAGUGCUGAAUGAAAAGGUGGCGGAGAAGUUGAACACGUCGGAAUUGGGAGAAAAGACGAUGCUGGUGGAGAAUAACAAGCUGCUGAUGCUGUUUACGACGUCGGUUGCUGUGUUGAUCGGGUGUCUCAUUGUUUUGGUGUGGCGGAGAUCGUCCACGAAGAAACCGCUUAAGGAACCGGAGCCACAGAAAGUUGUUGUGCCGAAGAUAGAGAAGGAACCGGACGCGGAUGAUGGCAAGAAGAAGGUUUCGAUUUUCUUUGGAACUCAAACCGGAAACGCUGAAAGUUUCGCUAAGGCACUUGUAGAAGAAGCAAAAGUUCGAUAUGAAAAGGCAACCUUUAAAGUAAUUGAUUUGGAUGCUUAUGCUGAUGAUGACGAUGUGUACGAGGAGAAACUUAAGAAAGAGUCUUUGGCAUUUUUCUUUGUAUCUACGUAUGGAGAUGGUGAGCCAACAGAUAAUGCUGCCAGAUUUUAUAAAUGGUUUACAGAGGGGGAUGAUAAGGGAGAAUGGCUUAAGAAACUUCAAUAUGGAGUAUUCGGUCUCGGCAACAGGCAAUAUGAGCAUUUCAACAAGGUUGGAAUAGUGGUUGAUGGUAAACUUGAAGAGAUGGGUGCGAAACGCCUUGUUCCUUUGGGCCUUGGGGAUGAUGAUCAAUCUAUUGAAGAUGAUUUUGCCACAUGGAAAGAGUUAGUGUGGCCUGAGUUGGAUCGAUUGUUGCGUGACAAGGAUGACAUGAGUGUUGCCACUCCUUACACGGCUGCUGUUUUAGAAUACCGAGUUGUAUAUCAUGACAAACCCGACCCGUCUACAGAAGACCAAACUCUUACAAAUGGUCAUUCUGUUCAUGAUGCUCAACAUCCAAUCAGAUCCAAUGUGGCAUUCAAAAAGGAACUACACACCCCUCAGUCCGACCGGUCUUGCACUCAUUUGGAAUUUGACAUCUCACAAACUGGACUAUCAUACGAGACGGGUGAUCAUGUUGGUGUCUACUGUGAGAAUUUAAGCGAAGUUGUAGAUGAAGCCGUGAGAUUAGUCGGCUUACCACCCGACACUUAUUUCUCAAUCCAUACCGAUAAAGAGGACGGAACGCCUAUCACUGGCUCCACCUUGCCACCUCCAUUCCCUCCAUGCACUUUAAGAAACGCAUUGGCGCGCUAUGCAGAUGUUUUAAGUUCUCCUAAAAAGACUGCUUUGGUUGCUCUGGCUGCUCAUGCUUCAGAUCCCAAUGAAGCUGCUCGACUAAAAUUUCUCGCAUCGCCAGCUGGCAAGGAUGAAUAUGCUCAAUGGAUAGUUGCAAACCAAAGAAGUCUUCUUGAGGUUAUGGAGUCAUUCCCGUCAGCGAAACCUCCACUUGGUGUUUUCUUCGCAGCUGUGGCCCCACGUUUGCAGCCUCGAUACUACUCGAUUUCUUCUUCUCCAAAGAUGACACCGAACCACAUUCAUGUCACUUGUGCAUUAGUUUAUGAUAAAACACCUGCAGGCCGUAUCCACAAAGGACUGUGUUCAACCUGGAUGAAGAAUGCUACGCCUAUGACCGAAAGUCAGGAUUGUAGCUGGGCACCCAUAUUUGUUAGAACAUCCAACUUCAGACUUCCUAUUGACCCGAAAGUCCCGGUUAUCAUGAUUGGGCCCGGAACUGGACUGGCUCCUUUUAGGGGCUUUCUUCAAGAAAGACAAGCUUUGAAGGAAGCUGGAACCGAGCUGGGGUCAUCUAUUUUCUUUUUCGGAUGUAGAAACCGCAAUCUGGAUUUUAUAUACGAGGACGAACUAAACAACUUUGUGGAGACUGGCGUUCUUUCUGAGCUUGUUGUUGCUUUCUCCCGUGAAGGAGCGGCUAAGGAGUACGUGCAACAUAAAAUGAGCCAAAAGGCUACAGAAAUCUGGAACUUUCUUUCAGAAGGAGCAUAUAUAUAUGUAUGUGGUGAUGCUAAAGGCAUGGCUAGAGAUGUACACCGAACCCUUCACACAAUUGUACAAGAACAGGGAUCUCUAGACUCAUCCAAGGCGGAGUUGUAUGUUAAGAAUCUACAAAUGUCAGGAAGAUAUCUUCGUGAUGUCUGGUAAUAAUUCUUUCAAGAAAGGGAAAUGGCACAAAACUUAAAAAUGACACUUCUUAUUUGAGGGACAAUCUUUCCUACGACAUCGUUUGAGGGACUUCUGUUGAUCAUUAACGAGUUUUGGUUAUUAAUUUUUCUUUUUUUUUUUAUUACAUGUAAUUUAUAAGCAUUGUUUAUAAGCAUUCAAAAGUGUGUGUUACGUAAGUGAUAAACCAUGUAUCUUUGUGAACUUGAAGACUCGAAACAUAAGGUUUACUCUUUAUUUAUAAUUCAAUUGCCAUGUUAGCACAAAA